UCAUUUCCGUAUCACGACUUCUUUUCCAGCAUCCCGGCGGUGGAGAGCAGCGCGUGCGCCAUGGUGGAACCAGUGCCAGAGUCCAUCCACUUUCCUUCAGAGGAGGAACGCAUCCUCCAGUUCUGGAAGGAGAAGGACUGUUUCCAGGAAUGUCUGAAACAGUCCAAAAACAGGCCAAGAUACACCUUCUAUGAUGGACCACCCUUUGCUACUGGUCUCCCCCAUUAUGGCCACAUCCUGGCUGGCACUAUUAAGGACAUCGUCACCAGGUUUGCCCAUCAGAGUGGCUUCCAUGUGGACAGGAGGUUUGGCUGGGAUUGUCAUGGCUUGCCUGUGGAAUAUGAGAUUGAUAAAACACUUGGCAUCAAGGGACCAGAGGACGUUGCCAAGAUGGGGAUUGCGGAGUACAACAAGCAGUGUAGGAGUAUUGUGAUGAGGUAUUCCAACGAGUGGGAGACUUCAGUAACGAGAAUGGGUCGCUGGAUCGAUUUUAAGAACGAUUACAAGACCCUGUACCCCUGGUUCAUGGAGACGGUCUGGUGGGUGUUCAAGCAGCUGUAUGAUAAAGGCCUGGUGUACAGAGGAGUGAAGGUCAUGCCAUUCUCAACUGCCUGCAACACGCCUCUCUCUAACUUCGAAUCUCAUCAGAACUACAAGGAUGUUCAGGAUCCAUCUGUCAUCGUGAACUUCCCUUUGCUGGACGACGAGAGCGUGUGUCUGAUCGCCUGGACGACCACCCCCUGGACCUUACCCAGCAACCUGGCUCUGUGCGUGAACGCAGAGUUCACGUAUGUCAAGGUCAAAGAUAAUGCUACUGAUAAAGUGUACAUCAUGAUGGAGGCCAGGCUUGGAGCGCUGUUCAAAUCUGAGAGUGAAUAUACCAUCCUCGACAAGUUCCCUGGCAAGACUCUGAAAGGGAAGCGUUACAAGCCUCUUUUUGAGUACUUCAUCAAGUGUAAAGAGAAUGGAGCCUUCUCUGUCGUGCUCGACAACUACGUCCGUGAAGAGGAAGGUACAGGAGUGGUUCAUCAGGCACCGUACUUUGGAGCUGAUGACUACCGUGUCUGUAUGGACUACAACAUCAUCCAGAGAGACUCUGCACCCAUCUGCCCGGUGGACUCGUCUGGCUGCUUCACCCCAGAUGUCACUCACUUUGCUGGCCAGUAUGUGAAGGAUGCGGACAAACACAUCAUCAAGUUUUUGAAAGAGAAUGGACGUCUGGUCAACGCUAGCACUUUCACGCAUAGCUACCCUUUCUGCUGGAGGUCAGACACGCCGCUGAUCUACAAGGCAGUGCCCAGUUGGUUUGUGAGAGUGGAGCACAUGGUGGAGAAGCUUCUGGAUAACAAUGGCAAAUGCUACUGGGUUCCAGAGUUUGUGAGGGAGAAGCGUUUUGGAAACUGGUUGAGAGAGGCUCGAGACUGGGCGAUUUCACGGAACCGGUACUGGGGGACACCCAUUCCUUUGUGGGUCAGCGAUGACUUUGAGGAGGUGGUUUGUGUGGGCUCCGUUGCGGAGCUGGAGGAGCUGACGGGAGUGAAAGUAACCGAUCUGCACAGAGAGAGCAUAGAUGGUCUAACUAUUCCAUCUCGCUGUGGGAAAGGCCAGCUGAAGAGGGUCUCCGAGGUGUUCGACUGCUGGUUUGAAAGUGGCAGCAUGCCCUACGCCCAAGUGCACUACCCGUUUGAGAACAGGCGGGAGUUUGAGGACACCUUCCCCGCAGACUUCAUCGCGGAGGGCAUCGACCAAACCAGAGGAUGGUUCUACACUCUGCUUGUGCUUUCGACCGCCCUGUUUGGUAGACCUCCAUUCAAGAACGUGAUUGUCAACGGGCUGGUACUUGCAAGCGAUGGCCAGAAAAUGAGCAAGCGCAAGAAGAAUUACCCAGACCCCAGCUUGAUUGUGCAGAGCUAUGGCGCUGACGCACUGAGGCUCUACCUGAUCAACUCCCCCGUGGUGCGAGCAGAAAACCUGCGCUUUAAAGAGGAAGGAGUGAGGGAUGUGCUGAAAGACGUCUUCCUGCCGUGGUACAACGCCUACCGCUUCCUAGUGCAGAACGUCCAGAGGCUUCACAAGGAAGAGGACAUUCAGUUCCUGUAUAAUGAGAACACAGCCAAGCCAAGCGAUAACAUCAUGGACAAGUGGAUCCAGUCUUUCACCCAGUCCCUCAUUCAGUUCUUCAAGGCGGAGAUGGACGCCUACAGGCUUUAUACGGUGGUUCCCAAGCUUGUCAAGUUUGUGGACAUGCUCACCAACUGGUACGUGAGGACGAACCGCAGGCGUCUGAAGGGCGAGAGUGGAACCGAAGAUUGCCUGUGGGCCCUGGAGACGCUCUUCAGCGUGCUGUUCUCCAUGUGCAGACUGAUGGCUCCUUUCACUCCCUUCAUUACGGAGAUGAUGUACCAGAACCUGCGCCACCUGAUAGACCCCACCUCAGUGGAGGAGAAGGACUCCAGCAGCAUCCACUACCUGAUGCUUCCUCAAGUUAGAGAGUCGCUGAUUGACAAGCGCAUCGAGAGUGCUGUGUCCCAAAUGCAGUCGGUCAUCGAGCUGGGCCGAGUGAUCCGAGACAGGAAAACUCUGCCCGUCAAGUAUCCCCUUAGGGAGGUGGUGGUCAUCCAUCAGGAUCCAGAGGCUCUGAGAGACAUCCAGUCCCUGCAGAAGUACAUUCUGGAGGAACUGAAUGUGCGCCAGCUCACGCUGUCCACCGACAAAGACAAAUACGGCAUCCGUCUGAGAGCAGAGCCUGACCACAUGGUGCUGGGCAAGCGGCUGAAGGGGGCAUUCAAGUCCGUCACAGCAUCCAUCAAGGAGCUGAAGAGUGAGCAGCUGGAGGCCUUCCAGAAGACGGGCUCUAUUGUGGUGGACGGCCACGAGCUGCAUGAGGAGGACCUGCGUUUGAUGUACUCCUUUGACCAGAUGUCCGGCACAGCUGCACAGUAUGAAGCUCACUCAGAUGCUCAGGUCCUCAUGCUCUUGGACAUCACUCCUGACCAGUCCAUGGUGGAUGAAGGUGUAGCCAGAGAAGUGAUCAACCGCAUUCAGAAACUGCGCAAGAAGGGUCAUCUGGUCCCAUCUGAUGAGAUCACAGUGUACUACAGCUCUGAGCCUGCUGGAGACUACCUGGACAAAGUGAUCCAGGCUCACACAGACUUUAUUCUGGCCACAACUAAAGCCCCACUCAAGCCGUGUCCCGUGCCCAAGAAUGCUAGCGUCAUCGUCCAAGAGAAAACUCAGCUGAAGGGUUCUGACCUGGACUUGACCAUCGUUAAGGGAGCGGCGGUCUCCAGAGCGCCGCUCACCGGACCUGCCUGCGCUUACGUCAACGUCAAAGUCAGUCUCAACAAUAAACAGCAAGAGGGCACAGUUCUUCUGGAGAAUCCAAAGGGAGACAAUAAACUGGAUGUGGAGAAGCUUAAAAUGGUUUGCCGUAGUAUUUUCAAACUCAACGACACCCCGCUGGCUGUGUUCAGUGGGACAGCAGAGUUGAAGGCCAACAGUGACCUCCUGGCUCUGAGUGGAAAGACCCUGUCAGUAACUUCAGGUGCCAGUCCUAAAGCAACGAACGGUUCAGACUCUGUUAUCUGUCCGUACAUCAACCUGCAACUCGUCAAUGCCAGCCCUGCAGAAUGCCUGAGUGGGGAUGUGGGCACGCUGCUGCUUGCUAAUCCCGUGGGCCAGAAUGGACUGCAGCACGCUGGGCUGCUCAGUGAGACUGCUAAAGUGUUCGGCCUCAGGGGCAGAAGACUGAAACUCUACAAGGAUGAAGAUCUUGCAGAAGAAUUCACUGAAACCUCUUUGAAGACGCUGAACACGAAGACUUUAUACGUACGAGUUCUGCCCACGACUGCUGAAGCGUAGUGAUACCGACGUCUCCCUCUCCAAACAACCCAGCGUCAACCCAGUGUAUCUCUUUCUGUCUGCUGUGGAGUUUUUCCUGACUAAAAUAGAAUUACCUGGCAACGUCUAAUAACUGUGUUACAAAGGGCUUUUUCUGUUAGUUCAGGUAGUAAAUGAAAAGAAAAGGAAACUGAAUGAUGUCACUGUCUAAUAAAUGGAUUCAGAGCUAA